GCAAGUGGCCGCCAAGUUUUGACCUUGCGAUGGCCGCCGCAUACCGCAGCUGCACCAACACGGGCGCCGACGCCUGCACCCCGACGGCGUGGCCCUGCGCGACGUGUCUCAUGUACCUCUCCGACUACCUGGCCACGCCCACGCUGGGUGGCGGCCCAACCACGGCGGCGCCCAAAGCCACGGCUGCCGCGAGCCGUCCAUCGCGCUCGCCGCGCCGCGCCGGCAAGACCGGGCUCACUUCGGACAGCGACGACAGCGAUACGGCCAACGACGAGCCCAUGACGCCAAGCUGCCGCCGCGCUGCCAAGCGUGCUACCGCGCAGCCCGCGGACGAGUCGGACGUGAGCGACGUCGUUCUCGAGUCGGACGACGAAGAUUUUGUGCCAACGCCCCGCCGCGCCAGCGACGCUUCGCCGCGAUCCGUCAAGGUCAUCGACGACGACGACGACGACGACGACGAAGACGACGAAGGUGAAGACGACGACGAAGCUGACAAGGACGAAGACUCGGACGACGAAGACGGUCCGCUCGAGCCCGUGCGGCUCAACGGUGUGUGCUCGACGUGCUGCUUGGCGACGAUCGCCGAGCAGCACAUUGUUACGUGCGACACUUGCCGCGACUCGACGGGCCACACGCUCUGCGUCGCGUCGUCGCCGUCGUGGACCUGCCCAAGUUGCAGUCGCACCAAGCCCGUGCGCAAGCGCGGCUUGAUCCUCAAGCUCACCAAGCCCUUGGGGCAUGCCAUGCUCAUCCUGUGCGACAACUGCGACGGCGAGUUUUCGAUGCCGCACAUUGGCCUCGAUGCCGUGCCACGAGGCGCUUGGUUUUGCCGUCACUGCCGACCGCAGAUCACUGGGGCGCAGCCCGAGCCCUUGACUGACGAGAGCGACGAGAGCGACGCGGCGAGCAACAAGAAGCGCCAUGUCGGGGCCGACUCGCCCAAGAAGAAGCGCCGCGUUUAGCCCGUGCACGUAUACACCCACCGUGUAAUUUAUUAGAAGAAGCAUACCCGACCCGACUUUUGGCGAUACUACGUCGUAGUCUGUGGCUUCUAUCUCGUAGCAUCGACCUUUUGAGAGA